AUGAAGAGAUCGUCCGUUCCUGCAGCUUCAAAAGUAAAUCACAAUCUUCCCACUCUAGCAACAAAACCGAAAACAGUUUGUAAAGUACCUCAAUUGGACAAAUUUGCAGUAAAUAAAAAAAAGAAAUUGGAUUAUGAAAUGGAGAAUUGUCAGAAAAUUAUAUCGAAACAUAGGGUUAUAAAUCGUACGCCAUAUGAAGCUACGCUAAGUCCAAUAAAAUGUGGAUUAGUUAGUAUUAAUUUACCAAGAAACGUAGCGGAUUCAUUGGAUACUGAAGAAGAUUUGGAAGAAGCUCUAAAACAAUUGAAUGGAAUUGAUGAGAAAGAAAAUAUUAUGGUGGACGUGGAAAACUCUCCUAUUGAUGAAAAAAUUGACGUGGAGGAACAACCUUCGAAAAAUGUAAAUACUUGCAAUAAUCCUCUACCCUGUGGAAGUUGUGGCUUGGAAUUAAAUAUUAAUAAUUCUGCUUUAUGCACCAAGUGCAACCUACACAUGCAUAUUAAUUGUGGCGUUUUAGAUUUAACAACUGAAAACAGCCUUAUGUGUUCUUCAUGUGCUAAGGGAAUGACGAUUGUUGACAGUCAACAGGAUUGCUAAGAAAGACAACAAAUUGUAGCUAAGAAAAUGCAAACGUUUUCUCAAGAGAAAUUUCCCUCCUUGAUAAUUGGAGAUUGCAUCACGCUAUUAGUUUUCUUCUGUUGACCGAGGACCCCUUGACUUUGCAAAUAUAUUGGAGUUAUUAUGGACAUUAAAAAUGGUGUCCAUCAAAUUGGAACGGAGAGUGUCAUACUUAAAGGCUGGUUUCCGAGAACCGACAUUAAAAAAUCUGGAACCGUUAAGAUUGGACUUGGUUAUGUUAACAGAGAUGAUAUUUUAACUUUGAGAAGGGCAGCAUCUCGGCAGUCCAUGUGUGGAGGACUCGGUUACAAAAAGUGUAACUGCA